AUGAGGAGCGUGGCGACUUGCUACAGCGAGCAUGCCAUCAAAGUAUCCGACUCCUACUGUUCAGGGCCUUCGAACCGGUCCUGUUUGUCGCCAGCUUCGGCCCCCUCGAUGCCGAAUGCCGUCACUUGCAUCUACAGAUCGAGGCUCUCCAAUCAGAGGCAUCUCCUGAUCACGAUCACAUGGUGCAACAAUUUCUUAGGUCAAGGCCUGGCCAUAAGCAUCGCGGACGACAAGUCUUCGCCUCCCAAGUGUAGAGCGAAUUCCCGGCAAUUGCAGAAGAGGAAAGGCACGAAGAGCUUCCAAUCUGGGAAUUUGAGGAUCGAAGUUUUCUGGGAUCUUCUCUCUGCUCAGUUCGAUAGCGGGCCAGAGCCGGUCCACGGGUUUUAUGUCGCUGUUUUGGUCGACUCGGAAUUGGGUCUGCUUCUUGGGGACAUGGAUGAGGAAACGGAUGUGAUCAGAUUGAGAACCGGGCUCCCCCGCGCGAAAUUCUCAUUGGUUUCUCGGACCGCCCAUUUCUCAGGCAAUUCGGCCUUCUCGGCAAAGGCUCAGUUUAGCAGCUCGGGGACGAGCCACGACAUCUUGAUCGAGUACGCUUGCGAGCAAGAUUCGCGGAAUCCGGUAUUGUCUGUGACGGUGGACAAGAAGAAAAUUUUCCAGGUGAAGAGAUUGAGGUGGAAUUUUCGUGGGAACCAGACGAUGUUUGUGGACGGGGUGCUGGUGGACAUGAUGUGGGAUGUGCACGACUGGUUUUUCGACCCCAGAAACGGGUACGCGGUGUUCAUGUUCAGGACUAGGAGCGGACUGGACAACAGGUUGUGGUUGGAAGAGAAGAAGUUGGAUAUGGAGAAAGAGCAGGACAAUGUUGGGUUCUGCCUCCUGAUCUGUGCUUGUAAGAAUCCUAAUUGA